AUUAUACGCAUUUUCCCUGUCCGUUAUGCUUUAGGGGUACUGCGCUUCUUGUCCCAGACAGCAGACGGGAAAGCUGCGUUUGUUGACGAUUUGAAUUUUCCAGUGCUGCUAUCUAGUGAUCAGUACCCCUAUCGCACUACAAAGGGACUCAUUGAAAGGCCUUAAUAGGAAUAGACGCAGCAGCAUUCCAUACAGACGCUGCUGCGGCAAAGGGCGCCAAAAGCAGCAGGAGUGCACAGGAGCGCCGUUCGGGCGCACUGCGCGGAGCGAAUGGGGACCAGCAGGCCAUGCUUGCUGGUAUUUUCCAUAGCGGCUGUGCUGUUCACUUCUUUGGUUCAGCACGGAGCUACACAAGCGGAUGCGCCAUCUCCACCAUUUGACCCCAACGACCCUGACGCUCAGUACCUGUUUGGCUUUCCAUUUUGUCGAUGCACGGACUAUCGCUGCGCGACAUCGCCAUAUAAGAUGUCAGUCGCCUCCCAGGAGACAUUGACAAAUGGCAACUUGAGGGUCUGCUUCCAGUUCCAGGAUGUUGGCUGCCCAGCUGGGAACACCUGCUGUGCCAGCCUGCUAAAUAACAUGGAUAAAGUGGAGUUUGUGGCAGAUAAGAUCUGCAACAAGAGUAUCACCGCCUCGACUUUCGGCGGGGUCACGAAGAUGGGUUCAACCUUCUUCGAUACGGAUUACACCGUUGGCAAGAUCCGCAUUACCAACCUCAACGCCACCCGGAGCAUGGUCCAGACCAGCCAGCUCUGCCUAAACCUCAAGCCUCCUUGCAACAACUUUGAUGUGUUCUUCAUGUCAGCGAAGCUUGGAGCGUCGGGAGUCUUCCAGUAUGCCGAGUUCAACCCGAAGCACGAUUGCUGCCCCACCUGUAUGGUGACUCCCCCACCGCCGCCGCCGUUGAAGCCUGCAGUGAGGCACCCGCCAUCACCUUCCGCGCCGCCUUCCCCGCCCCAGCCGCCUUCACCCUCGCCUCCACCUCCCUCUCCUCCCCCGCCACCACCGCCUCCUCCGCCGCCACCGCC